ACUAAAUCCCAAGUUAUCGAAGUGUUCACCGUAAAAAUUAUCGAACUUGCGUUUGAUUAGGGUUUACACUUCAGAACUCUGAAUUCUGAGAGGCAUGGGAAAGAAGGAGAAGUCGAAAGCCAAUGCAAGAGAGCACGAACAAGUCGGCGAAGCAACCGACAAUCUCGACGGCGCUUCCACGCCAUCACUCGUGUUCAGUAGCGAUGAUGAUGACGACGAAGCCAAUCAAGAUCUGAGUCUCAGAAUCGUGGAAAAGGCCCUACGGGCGCGAGAGGCAAAGCUUGCAAUAAACGACGCCGUUUUAAACGGUGUUGAUUCUUCUCUAGUUUCGCCAUCGCAGCAAUCUGAAUUCAAGGUGAUGCAAAGCGACGGCGUUUUGGAUGGGUCGAGUGGGAUCACUGCUUGGGAAGUGAUGGAAGAGAAGAAAACGACGAAGCUGAUGGUGGACUCUGGGGAUUCAAGUGUUAUUGUAGCUGCAGAUCAGGAGGUGGAAGAGAUAAUCAAAACUACAGUGAACCGUGAGUCUGUGGAUCUGGAAGCAAGUUCAGGUCAGAUAGGCGACAAUGUGGUUCUGCGAAAGCUGCUUCGGGGUCCAAGAUAUUUUGAUCCUCCAGAUAGUAGUUGGGGAGCAUGCUAUAAUUGUGGCGAGGAAGGUCAUGCUGCUGUAAACUGUACAGAAGCGAAGCGGAUGAAACCGUGCUAUGUAUGUGGUGGUUUGGGACACGUUGCAAAGCAAUGUACUAAGACGAAUUGCUAUAUCUGUAAGAAAGGUGGCCACCGUGCCAAAGAUUGUCCAGAGAAGCACACGUCGGCACGCGUUCCUAAAAGCUUAACGGUGUGCUUGAAGUGUGGGAAUUCUGGGCAUGAUAUGUUUUCAUGCAGGAAUGAUUAUUCACCGGAUGAUCUCAAGGGAAUUUUAACUUUAACGUCAUUCUAA